AAUUAGGUCGAUCGUAAUUAUUGUCAUUAGCUGCGAGUGUUUUGUGUUGCGCACAGACCGCAGCCAUGGGUUGUAUAACGGUGUGGGCGUGCCUACUACUGCUGGCCGGUACACAAUGGGCCUCAGGACAGUUUCUACCUUUCGAAAAUGGACAUGGACAACAUGGCUUAAAGAAGCCGGUGUUUCCGAAAAAGCCACCAAUGCUCUCAAAGAAACCUCAGAUGUUUCCCAAGGCUCUUCCUCAUCUUCCGAAAAUACGUCCAAUGUUUCCGAAGAAACUUCCCAUGUUGCCGAUUAAACCACCAAUGUUUCCUAUAAAGCCUCAAGUAUUUCCAAAAAAGCCACCAAUGGUUCUUAACAAACAUCAGUUUCAUCCGAAGCUGCCAUUUCUGCCAAAGUUUCCUCCCAAGAAGAUGCCCGUGAUCCCAAAGAAACCACCAAUGAUUCCAUUUAAACCACCAAUGAUCCCGAAGAAGCCCCCGAUGUUCCCAAUAAAACCACCGAUGAUCCCUAAGAAACCACCUGUGAUCCCAUUCAGACCGCCAAUAUUCCCUAAAAAACCACCAAUGAUCCCAAAGAAACCACCAAUAUUCCCUAAAAAACCACCAAUGAUCCCGAAGAAACCGCCAAUUUUCCCUAAAAAACCACCGAUGAUCCCAAUGAAACCACCGGUUAUCCCAAAGAAACCACCAAUGAUUCCAAUGAAACCGCCAAUGUUCCACAAGAGACCACCUAUGCUCCCUAAGAAACCACCGAUGAUUCCAUUCAAACCACCGAUGGUCCAAAUAAAACCGCCGAUAAUGCCGAAGAAACCUCCAAUGAUGCUAAAUAAACCGCCUAUAUUCCCCAAAAAGCCUCCGAUGAUCCAAAAGAAACCACCUAUGAUCCAUAAAAGACCACCAAUUAUCCCUAAGAAACCUCCGAUGUUCCCAAAGAAACAGCCGAUGUUCCCUAAGAGACCGCCGAUGUUUCCAAAGAAACCACUAAUGAUACCCAAGAGACCACCAUUUAUCCCAAUCAAACCACCAAUGCUGCCUAAGAAACUGCCGAUAUUUCCAAAGAAGCCACCCAUGAUUUUGAAUAAACCACCUGUAUUUCCGAAGACACUACCAAUGAUCCCAAUAAAACGACCAAUUUUCCCAAAGAAACCGUUCUUCCCACCGCCAAUGCCGCCUAAGAAGAAUUUCGUCAACCUUCAGCCAGGUGGUUUUCCUGGAAUGUUUCCGCCAAAGAAGCCAAUUGUUCUUCCUAAAUUCAAUCAUGGACCUUUCAUGAACAAGAAGAACGGCUUCAAACCAAAACCCAUCAUGAAACCGAAGUUUGGUGGACCCCAGUUUGGAGGAUUUUGAUUCGCCGACGAGGCAGGAAAUCCGGGGGAACCUGAAUGGCGCUUGACGACAUAAUGUUACGCACGAUUCACACACAUAAUGUUACGCACGAUUCACACUUUGUCAUUUUGAUGUAUCUUUUCGCUAACUUUAUUUAUAUCGAAUACCAAAUAAACGCAUGACAUGCACAUGUAAUUGAAAGUAAGUGUUAACGAUCAAAAUGGCAAUAAAACACGAAGUCGUUGACAUUCAUUUUUAAAUAAUUGUCAGAUUGUUUUCGUUAAUAUUGAUUAAUAAUGUGAUCGAU